AUGGAUUCCUGGACAGCUUUCUCUGGAGACUCUUCUGCAAACCGUCAACAAAGAUACCCAUCAAAUGUGCUACAACAGGGUAGCUCUUCUGGACAACACCCCCGAGAUCUCAACCCAGGCCAGCAACCGCCACAAUUAACUACAAUGGCAGCAUCUGGAGGGGCUGCGGCGGCAACUCAACAACCAUAUCAAGCUUAUCAUGGAACAUCAGGUAACUUGUCAGCAGUGACCUCGCCAACCACUCGACUUGAAAAUAAUCCGGACUAUAAUAUGGAUGUGCAAAUGCAGGAUGCCGAUCCAUACAGCAGGACAAAAUACCAGCAGGCUGCACAGGGUUCCCGGCAACCUUAUCUGGGUUCUGAGGAAUCCUCAGCUUCCCAAAGAUAUUCUCCUAUGAACGCUAGUUCGAGUUCACAGGCUGCGUAUACUGCUGCCCCUCCCACUGGGCAUACAGUACAGCAAGCAAGCUACACCCAGAUGCCAGCUUAUCAGUCCCGACAAUCCCCUUCGAGGCCAAAUUAUUCCAAUAAUUCGGGAUCUUAUUAUACUCCAAAUGCCUCUGCAUCUCCUCGAACGAGCGCUCCACCAUCAAUGCAAAGUUAUCAACACCCAUUACAGCAACAACAAUCUGCUUCAGAUCCAGACCCAAAUGGUGGGCGCGGUGGUUAUUAUCCGCAGCAUACCGCGACGGGACCCCAAGGUUCCAUGUUUGACCAGCUAUCUCGUCACCAAUCGCCUCCUAGAGACCCACCGCCAAGGUUUUCACGAGUAACCAAUCUUAAUGAUUUGAACCCACAAACAAACUCCCAACCUGCUUUCAGACGAGCAAACCCCGAAGGCGGAUUCAUCAGCCCGUUGCAAGCUUUGACAAGCUAUCUUCCUGCGACAUACCGGAUAUGUAAUCCUAACUUCAAAUACGAGUCAUCACGGAAUCCUCGGCGAGUUUUGACUAAGCCAAGUAAGGGCGUGAAGAACGAUGGCUAUGAUAAUGAAGACAGCGACUAUAUUCUCUACGUGAAUGAUAUUUUAGGAUCUGAGGAAACGAAAAAUCGAUACCUGAUCUUGGAUGUUCUAGGGCAGGGUACUUUUGGGCAGGUAGUCAAAUGCCAAAAUUUGAAGACUCAGGAAGUUGUGGCGGUCAAAGUAGUGAAGAACAGGACCGCCUACUUUAACCAAAGUAUGAUGGAGGUUUCUGUUUUGGACUUGCUCAACAGUAAGCUGGAUAAAAAUGAUGAUCAUCAUAUUUUACGACUGAAGGACACUUUUAUUCAUCGACAGCAUCUCUGCCUUGUUUUCGAGCUUCUCAGUGUUAAUCUUUAUGAACUUAUCAAACAAAAUCAGUUCCGAGGAUUGAGUACCACACUCGUACGAGUCUUUGCGCAACAGCUAUUACAUGCCCUAUGCCUUCUUAAUAAGGCUAGACUUAUUCACUGUGACUUGAAGCCGGAAAACAUUUUGCUGAAGAAUUUGGAGAGCCCCAUCAUCAAAGUUAUCGACUUUGGUUCUGCAUGUGAUGAGCGGCAAACAGUGUAUACCUAUAUUCAAUCCCGAUUUUAUCGAUCCCCUGAGGUCCUUUUGGGUUUACCAUACUCAUCAUCUAUCGACAUGUGGUCUCUCGGGUGUAUUGUGGUAGAGCUUUUCUUGGGACUCCCACUGUUCCCAGGCAGCUCCGAAUACAAUCAAGUCUCUAGAAUUGUCGAGAUGCUUGGUAUGCCUCCAGUGUGGAUGAUCGAAAUGGGAAAGCAAGCGGGCGAAUUUUUUGAGAAAGCCCAUGACGAAUUUGGGAGAAAGACAUAUCAGCUUAAGAGUAUGGAGAAAUAUUCGAGGGAGCAUGGAACAAAAGAGCAGCCAAGUAAAAAAUACUUCCAGGCUACUACUUUACCUGAGAUCAUCCGACAGUAUUCGAUGCCCAGGAAAAGCAUGAAACCAAUUGAGCAAGAAAGAGAAAUGAACAAUCGUAUAGCUUUCAUUGAUUUUGUCCGCGGCCUUCUCAAUAUCAACCCUAUGGAGCGGUGGUCUCCGCAACAAGCAAAAAUGCACCCAUUUAUCACCCAGCAGAAAUAUACGGGUCCCUUUAUUCCUCCGAUGAAUCUCAAAACACCACAGCCACAGAAAUCACCCAUGUCUUCAAUGGAAGCACAACAAAGAGCGGAACAGGCCGCGCGCCAGAAACAGCAGCAAGCUCAACAGCAGGCCCAACAGGCAGCACAUGCCGCGCAAACACAAACGGGCUAUUCUACGGGUGUUCCAUUAACAUCCUACCAAGCAUCUAGUCAUGCGCAGCCUGCCGCGCCUGCCACGGCAGCUGCAGCAAUGUAUAAUAAUAUGUAUACUUCGCAGCCUCAGCAACAACCUCAGCAGCAGCCUCAGCAACAACAGCAGCAGCAUGCACAACAACCUGCACAGAUCCCAUCAUCAAACCAGUAUAAUCCUGCACAGCAGCUGUACGCGCAAAACAGCCAAAGAUCUGCCAGACAACGUUCGGCCACUAUGGUAGAUGGUGUUCCCCCGCAAAUUCAGAGAGCUGCAUCAAUGAUGGACCCCACUCAACCAAUUCGCCUCCAACCCAGCCCGGCUUAUUUCCCUCCACCACCGGGUGGUAUCCCAGAUGAUCAACCCGGUCAGGGGCGGGGCCGACGACAAAGUCGGGGUGGAACUCAAUAUCGUAACCAGAAUGUCGUAAGAACGUUAGAGGACCGGACAUUGGAAGAUGGUCUUUUCAACCAGCACUGGUGA